AAUGGUUGGCUCAGUUGUUGACAAGCAUUAUCAAUCACUAAUUAACACUGAUAACAAUACAACUAUCAACGACACUAAUACAAUUACAGAGGCGGAAGAUAAAGCCAAAAUAUCUGUAGCAACCGCAGUAACAUUAAUGGCUGCUCUUAUGCAGCUUGGAAUGGGUUUUCUACGUCUGGGUUUUUUGACAAUUUACUUAUCUGAUCCUUUGACAAGAGGAUUUACAACUGGAGCUGCAUGCCACGUCUUUACUAGUCAAAUUAAACAUGUCUUUGGCAUAGAAGUGAAAAGAUAUUCAGGGCCGUUAAAACUUAUUUAUACCUAUAUUGAUUUAUUCAAGAAUAUUAAAAGUACUCAUUGGCUUCCAGUUGUCAUUUCGGUUAUUAGUAUAAUUGUCCUGUAUGUUACCAAAGAGUAUAUAAAUCCGAUUGUUAAGAAGAGGAUAAAAGCACCUUUACCUGUUGAGUUGUUCGUUGUUAUCUUGGGAACAGUUGCCUCCAGCCAAGGGAAAUUCGAAGUAAAGCAUAACCUUAAAGUUGUAGGCGAUAUUCCAGAAGGCUUUCCCAAACCAUCUUUUCCCGAUACUUCACUUUAUUCAAAAGUUGUAGGAGAUUCUGUUGCAAUAGCAAUUGUAUCAUUUGCCAUUUCUGUUUCUAUGGUUAAACUAUUCGCUAAAAAACAUGACUAUGAAGUUGAUGCUAAUCAGGAAUUAGUCGCUUAUGGGAUAUCAAAUUCCAUUUCUUCCAUGUUUAAUUGCUUCCUUAGUUCUGUAUCGCUAUCAAGAAGUUUAGUUCAAGAACAAGUUGGGGGAAAGACGCAAUUAGCCGGUCUAUUUUCAUGUGCUAUUGUGCUAGCUGUUAUAUUAAAGAUAGGAGGUCUAUUCGAGAAAUUGCCAAAUGCUGUGCUUGCUUCAAUUAUCCUAGUUGCCUUAAAGGGAAUGUUUAAACAAUUUUUAGAUUUAAAGAAGUUGUGGGCAAUUUCGAAAUAUGAUUUUGCUAUAUGGUUAGUAGUUUUUCUGGCCACGGUUAUACUAGACGUCGAUCUUGGUUUGGCUAUUGGAGUCGGAUUUUCCCUAUUAACUGUAGUGUUUCGUACUCAACGUCCUUAUACUGCAAUCCUCGGUAGACUACCGGGAACUGAUUUAUAUAAAGAUAUAUCCGUUGUUAAAGAAAAAAUCGUCGAGGUCGAGGGAAUCAAAAUAUUUAGAUACGAAGCAUCACUUUAUUAUGCGAAUCGUGAACACUUUGUCAGUAAAAUCACAACUAAAACUGGCGUUAAUGCUAGAAAAUUGAAGAUAAAACAAACCAAAAUCUUAAAGAAAAUCGAAGCAUACGAAAAAGCUGCUAAAAAAAAGACGGAAGUGGAAGGAAACGAGAGCGAAAUAAUCGCUGAAUUACGCAAUGAUUUACCUAAAUGUGACAUUCAUACAAUUAUUGUCGAUUGUUCAACGAUGGGUUAUAUUGAUAGCGUUGGUGUCUCUGCUCUUGGACAAGUGAUGUCAGAUUAUGCAGAAAUUAACGUUAAAGUUCUACUUGCAAACUGUAAAGCUGGUAUACGUGAAAUGCUACAUAAUGCUGGAUUCUAUGAAAGAAUUGAUAAAAAGAAUAUAUUUUUAACAAUUCAUGACGCAGUACUAUGGUGUUUAAGAGACAAGCCACAUGAGUUUACGCAAGUACGUAGACUGUAAAUAGUCUUUAACUUAUUCAGAAGUUAUUAUGUCAUCGACGUUAAACUAUUAAAAAUAGCUAUUUAAUCAUUAUCUAUCCAAAAAUGCAUACAAGCAUGAUAAAAAAGCACAGUGACUAAACGCUAAAAAUCCUAAAAAUUAUAUAUUUUUCGGAUUUCUUUUUAUAAAAUCACUAGAAAUUCCUUUAGCUUUUGACUUAUCUUUUUAUAAUCUUAAAGAGAUUAGUAAGAACGUUAACUUUAUCAAUAAAAAAAUGAACAAGUUAUAGUUAAUGCGCUCUAUAUAGAAUUGCUCUUUUCCCCCAUCACACAUACCACACACACACACACACACACACACACACACA